AUCAUCCUACUAUCAUCCACACCACGACGUACGCUUUUGUUCUCGUGAUCUUCGAUUCGGAAUCUACUACUGUUGUACUUGUAGCUCCCACCGCACAGUCACAGUCCAACGCUUUGAAGCAACAGAUCAGCGCUCAGCCCAGUAUCGUCUGUACUACAAUAAUGACCACUCCCACCCAUUCCGAGGUCGUACAGCCGCAGGCCAACGCUGAGCAGCAGGCCGACCCUCAGCAGCACCUUGGUUUGAUAGCCCCCAUCGUCGGGACGCAGACAAACACUCAGCCUCCGCAGGCCAACUGGGUCAAGGUCACGACUCGCUGUAUCUCCUUCCUCGUUCUCGCUGGCUCGCUUGUUGCGAGUGACCGGUUAUACAUGCCGCUCUCAUCUUCAUCUACCGUGGUCGAAAUUUUCUACAAGAUGAUUUACCUUUCGUUACUGGUCUCAUCAAUCUCGAUUCACAAACACUAUUCAAUCGGUACAGACACCUAUAAAUAUUCAAUGCUAAUCGUCUAUAUAAUAGGACCUUUAACACUCGUCUUUCCCACCAUGAUCGCCGACUCGCCGGGAUCAUCGACAUCCCCUACGCCCCCGUCACCAGCACUUGAUCGAGUUCUCGCCAUUCUUGGCUCUGGUGCAGUAUACCUACUAAAGAUCUGCGUAGUCCCAUUCAUCCUGAUGGGAAUGCAAAUAUUCACGGUCAUAUACUUGGUCGAGGGAGAGAUCUGGCUGAGAAGUUGCUUGAGAAGCUGUAUACCAUGAGUUCCGUACCUUUAUUAGUAAAGAAACUUGGGCUGACCACCCGCUUGAAUCCUCCUUUUACUUUUAGCCGAACACACCACCACAAGAACUUCACGAACGAUCUGGAGAAGAACCAGAUACCAAGGCCACUGUAAGAAGAAUCUGAAGAAUGACUCAGAGCAACGUCAACGACGGUAGUUACAGUGAGGGUCUAUACGAGCAGCAGCACACCACAAUGAAAAACCAGAUGCAGCACAUAGCACAUCUGGUGCAAGAUGCAGCACACUGAACUUAAAUGCAGCACACUGACUUGGAAAUUGAUUUCCGAGUGUGCUGCGCUUAAGCUCAGUGUGCUGCAUCUGGUUUUUCAUUGUGGUGUGCUGCUGCUCGUUGAGCCCCUUACAGUGAUUCGUCCUCAUUAGUAUAGGCAUCAGCAAAAUGACAUAAUGCUUUUCAACAGACCAUGUAGCCAUAUUAUAAUGUUUUGUUGUAUUACAGUCCCAC